AUAGUUUAAUUUAAGUACUUUGAAGUUAAAAAUGUGCGAAAAGUGUGUUUAGUGCGAUGAAAUAGCUUGUUGAAGGACUUCAAAUCGCUUAACCAAAAAAAUCGGAAUUGUGCCUUUAAUCCUGAAUCCAAAAGAUCGUAAUAUUGCCAUUUAUACUAUGGUACGUAUAGAAGUUUCGCUUAUCAUUUUUAAACCUUUUAGAAAGUUUAUUUGGUAGCACUGUAAUUUAACCGAUUAGUAAUUUUAUAAUCGAGUAAGCCGGAUUUAACCAUCUUUAUUCCGAAUAAUAUUUUGACAUAAUGAUUUAGGUUUAAAGCACUUGUUUCUUUGCAAACAUUUAAAUUGAUUUUGAAAACAAAAUGGCAAAUAUAACUUCAAGAGUUUUUGCGGCCAUGCAAAAUUUGGAUAUUGCAGCUCUUUCCACUUAUCCAUCUCACGAAAUACGUCCGGUGUUACCUUCACUAGUACGGAUGAGUUUAUUGUCGCCUCUUGAUAACACGGAAUCAUCAAUGGAAUCGCGGAAACAAAUUUUAGCUGUUCUCAUUGGAAUAGAAGUUGUAAAUAGUAUAGUUUCGUAUUUGCAAGUGAAUUACCAUGAGUUAGAACAGGAAUUAAAAAAAGAGCUGCAAGCACGGCAGAAGUCGGUGUACUUCGAAGGGCAGCAGCAUGAAUUUGGUUUGCAAACCGGUAUAGCUCUCGGAUUUGAGCGCGCAGAUGUUACUCGGAAGGUGCGAGUUGUUUUAUCUGAGAUUUUUAAUAUUCAAUGGCAAUUAUCGGAUCAAAAAACAUUUUUGCAAUCGGAAAUUCUGGACGAUGGAAUCUAUUUGGAGGAAGUUGUGGAUAUUUUAUGUAUUGCCUUGGCGGAACUUCCUUCCUUAUUGAAUAUUUUGGAGUUAGCGGAUGCUUUGGUGCAUGUGCAAAAUGGACAACGUAUUAUUUGCGCUUUAGUGGCAAAUUUUCCUGAUUGCUACAGGGAUGUGGUUACACAUAUUAUUCUGAAUUGUGAUGAGGAAAGUAAUGAAGGGAAACUAAAACUCUCAUUAUUAAUGGCGCUAAACGAAAUGAAUCCAUCCCAAGCAUUGCCAACGCGAUCUAUAUGCGUAGAGAUUCUAAAAGUUCCUUCUUUUAUGCUCAAACUUUGUUUAAAGUUUCCCGAAGACUUGGUGGCCUUUCUCACUGGAAUGCUACUCGGCAAUGAUCAAAAUGUUCGGACGUGGUUCGCUAUUUAUAUAAGGUCAAGUCAGAAAAGAAAGAGCGACGCAUUGAAUUUAGUGCGAGUAGAGCUAUUGCAACAGUUGCAGAAAAAUGUUCAAAAAUCCUUAAAUCCAGGAAAUGGGGAAGAUUAUACUGUACAAGGAGUGGUGUUAAUGCGUUUAUAUUGCGCCUUGCGUGGAAUAGCCGGAUUGAAAUUUAAUGAUGAUGAAGUCAAUAUGUUAACUCAACUAGUUACUAGCCGUCCACAACCAACACAAUCUGGACUUCGAUUCGUCUCAUUGGCCCUUUGUAUGCUUAUUGCGUGUCCAUCUCUUGUAUCAACAACAGCUCUUGAAAAUAAAUCAGUUGAAUGGCUACAAUGGCUUAUAAAGGAAGAUAAAUUUUUUGGCAGAAAGUCAGACACCUCUGCAUCUCUGGGUGAAAUGUUGCUCUUGCUCGCAAUACAUUUCCAUAGCAAUCAAAUAACUGCCAUAAGCGAGUUAGUUUGUUCUACUUUAGCCAUGAAAAUUCCUAUUCGUCCAAAUAGUACAAAUCGUAUAAAACAAGUUUUCACACAAGAUCUAUUUACUGAACAAGUGGUCGCAUCUCAUGCAGUUCGCGUGCCAGUAACACCCAAUUUAAAUGCAAAUAUUUCCGGUUAUCUUUCGGUCCAUUGUAUACAUCAAUUAUUGAAAUCUCGGGCAUUUUUAAAGCAUAAAGUUCCUAUUAAACUGUGGAUUUACAAGCAAAUCUGUAAUUCUGUACGACCAGUUCAUCCUGUAAUGCCAGCUUUAAUAGAAGUUUAUGUUAAUUCGUUAAUAGUACCGAAUCCGUUAGGGAAAGUCAAUGUUGAUCACAUGCAUAAACCAUUCUCUGAAACCGAAAUUUUACAUAUUUUUAAAUCAUCGAAAGCUACUACUAUUGAUAACAAGAACUUCUUUGGAGCAACCCAAACUAUUUCAAUUGGCGCCACAUCCGCAGAAUUGGAGGAAAUAAUGGGCAUUGAAGUAAAAUGCAAUUUAACGGCUCAACUACUUAUACUAUAUUAUUUGGUUCUUUAUGAAGAGACUCGUCUUUCUAAUACACACAAUCAGUCUACCACCGGAAGAAAAAUAAAAGAGUAUACCAAUAACUUCCUGGCAGAACUGCCUAUGAAGUAUUUGUUGCAGAAAGCGGAACAAUAUCAAAAUGAUUACGCUGGUCUAUUUCAUCCAUUACUUCGCUUAAUUAUCUCGAACUAUCCUCAUUUGAGCAUGGUUGACGAUUGGAUGGAGGAGCACUAUGUAUCUAAUCCAGUAUCACCAAACCUCAUGGUGAAUAAACAAAUUGAACGUGCUCUUGUUAUUAAGGCACUUGAAAAAAUAAGUACGAAACCGGCAAUAGCAAUACGGGUUUUUAAAGCCCUUUUAAAGCUGCCUGCUGAAGAUCUUGCGCAGUAUACAGAUUUAAUAGUUGAAAACAUGUCAAAAGUUUUUCAGAAAAACAUUCCACGAAUUAUUCAAGAACUCUAUAAGGAUAUAUGGUUACGACUUAAUUCGGUUUUACCUACUAGUUUUUGGAAAAUGUCUUUAAAUUCUGUAAUGAAUGUGGAAACUGGUGCUACUAGAUGUACAUAUGUUAAUGAAGAUUUGUUGGAUCCAUUACAGGUUCUAAGGUGCGGUAAACAUGUGUUUUACUCUCCUUACACGUUAAUGAUACUGCUCCGAAUACUUCAAGGAAGUUUGGCCGCAUCUAAAGCUUUUCUCAACAUACAAAUGCAAUCUAAACAGAUAUUAGAUAAAAAUGGUCAGUUACAAAGUGAUAGUGAUCGCGAUGAAUUGAAGACAGCAUUAAUUGCAUCUCAGGAGAGCGCAGCUGUGCAUAUACUUCUGGAGGUUUUAGCAGACAUGAACAAAAAUGCAAAAGACACGGUAGCAACGUUUUCGUUACGAGAAACGCAAGGCAUAAUAUGCUCCUUUAUACAUCAGGCUUUUAUAUCCGAACCUUCCUUAGCUAAACUAGUUCACUUCCAAACAUAUCCACGAGAAGUUAUACCAAUGAUGGUAAUGGGUGUCCCUUCAAUGCAUAUAUGUAUAGAUUUUUUGCAUGAAUUUCUCAGUAUGCCGGAAAUGGAUAAACAAAUUUUUACAAUCGAUUUAGCAUCACAUCUCGUUCUUAAAUACGCUAUACCAAAAAGUUUAAGUGUCUCAAAAUUCUGUAUUAACACAGUCCAAUCUUCCUUAUCUCUACUUUCGACACAUGCUAAGUGCAAAUUUUUAAGCAACAUUCUUCCGGCCCUUAUACGAUUUGCAGAAGCUUUCCCAAUUUUAGUUGACGACUGUAUUAAUAUUUUGAUGUUAACGGGAAAGAGUUUGCAUUCACAGGGAACUUUAGGUAUUAACUCAACUCAAAUGCAACUUACAUCAAAUACAAAACAAAAAUGCUUCAAGGAUACACAACAAUAUAUAAGCAUGAUAGAGGAAGCUUUUGAAACGCUGAUUACUAAAAUUGUGAAUAAAGUUGAACUGUACUGAAACUGUUCCACAAACGUGAAUAAUCAAUUCACCUAGACAAUAAAGAAAUAGUAAACAAUGUCGCAAUGACUUCCCCGUUAUUUUUGAGUUUGUUGGUGAUAUUAAUAAAAAGAUUUAUCUGAACUAAA